AUGGGCGUAGAACGCAUGGGCAGCCCGCCCCGGUUUAUGGGAGCAUCAUUACGGAGUCUUUGUUUGGGCACUUUGACUAUACAGUUUUCUGCUUUCAUUCUGCUUCUUCAUUAUUCUCGGGUCAUGCCAACGCCAGACGGGCAUCGUUACCUUCCCUCGACAGCCGUCUUCCUUGUCGAAUUGCUGAAGCUCGUCUUCUGCCUGACGAUAUCCCUCUACGAGAUCUCCCUAUCCCUUCCACAGUCAACCACAGCAACCCACCUUUUAAGAGCACUUGGUAAUGCCAUCUUUGGGGGUGAUUCUUGGAAGCUGGCGAUCCCCGCAACUCUAUACACGUUGGCAAACAGUCUACAAUACGUUGGGAUCUCGAACCUGGAUGCGGCAACGUUUCAUGUCACAUAUCAGUUCAAAAUCUUCGUUACCGCGGUCUUCAGCGUCAUGAUCCUGCGGAAGCCAAUCUCCGCCAGACAAUGGGUAUCUCUCAUACUGCUGAUGAUUGGUGUGGGGAUAGUUUCGUGGCCUCAAGAGUCAUCAGCAUCCCUCGUCUCGAACCAUCAUGCUCGGGUCUACGUUCCGAGGUCCGCAAAUCCAUUGCGGGAACAUUUUAGAAUUGCAGCACAUGGUUCCCACCUCAACAAAAGGUCAGCCACCUACGAGGGCAUUGAGGAGGAUGAACUCGCCCUGAGCACGCCAGGCAUGGACGCUUCGGCAGGGCUCUUUGCGGUCUUUGGCGUGUGUAUUACUUCCGGCCUGGCCGGUGUCUACUUCGAGAAAGUUAUGAAGGGGUCACCGAAAGCCACCUCAAUCUGGAUUCGCAACGUCCAGCUGUCAAUAUACUCGCUAUUCCCGGCCUUUUUCAUUGGGAUCAUCUUCCUCGAUGGCGAAACAGUGGCCAAACACGGGUUCUUUGCGGGCUACAACUCAGUUGUCGUCGCCUCGAUCCUUGUCCAGACGAUUGGCGCCAUCGUCGCAGCUUUCGCAAUUUUCUAUGCGGACAAUAUUGCCAAGAACUUCGCCUUGAGCAUCAGUAUGGUCCUCAGCAGCCUGAUGAGUUUUGUGUUCUUUGAUUCUUCCAUGAGUACUCAUUUUCUUUUGGGAGCCUCUAUCGUCCUGGGCUCGACCUUCAUAUACAACAUUGAGGAAUCUCGAAUCCAGCAAGAGCCUCCGAGGAUCAAGAUAUACAGCGAUGAGAAAUCGGCCUUGGACGCUGUAGCAGACUUGAACGACGUAUCCAUACAGAUACCCAAGACGCCUUUGAGCCAGGAAGAGACAGCUCUGGCAACUUCAAGGCCGGGGUCACCUAACCGUAAAAAGCGAAAGAACGAGUCGGGUGGUUAUUUUGCGAAGCAUGACGAUUGA